UGCGAGUGAAAUACGGAAAUUAUUCACCGGCGAGCAACUUGGAGAUAGAAAGCCAUCAGAACUUCUACGAGUAAUGACAAGGAGGGCUGAAAAAGACAAUGUGCCUGACUCUUUGUUACUGGAAUUAUUCAUGCACCAGCUGCCGCCAAAUGUUCUGUCUAUUCUAGCUUCGGUUGAGCCACUCGAUUCAUCGAAAGCUACCAGUACCGCGGAUAGAAUAUUGGGAGUUACACCCUCAGGUAACAAAAUAAGAAGUCUGUAGAAGGAGAAAGAUGCUAUUUCAGGUAGCUCGCCACUGUCCACAGCACGUCUUAUUCUCACUAUGGAGAAGAAAAAGUCUUCUUCUGGGUUUUGUGAUGGUCAUGUCAGUAUUUAUUGUGUGUUUACAAUUUGGAUCUAAUGGGAGUAAUGGCCAUUUGGUUGCCAAUGGGCUACCUGAACCGAGAGGCAGGGAAGAAUAUCCUUUGGGAAUGGCAGGAGUGAGUGGAAGUCAUAAGACCCUAAUACCACGGAGGAAUCUAUCUGCUCUUAAUCAGAGGCAAGACCAAAAUGUCUUUGGUACAGGAGAAAUACGUCCUGGACAUUUGGUGGAUAUGAGUGGUAAACCACCGAGGUACCAACAACAACAACCUGGUGGUGAUCCUAGAGCAAUAAAUUAUGUUGGAGCAGUGGAGAGCAACAGGAUAGGUGACCAUAUUCAGGCAUAUGAUGGUGGACGAGCAGUUCCUAAUAACCUACCAAAUAACUGGCAAGAUCCCCAACAAAGUAAAACCUGGCAAUAUCAACAAAAUGCUGAUGGGAAUGCAGGAAAUUCAUAUUAUGUCCCCCCUCUUCGUGUUGUUCACUUUGAUUUAAAAGGUGCGCCUCCCAAAGUGACUUACUUCAAGCAGCUUUUCCCUGUGCUUAAGGAAGCUGGUGCAAAUGCAAUUCUGCUUGAGUAUGAAGAUAUGUUUCCUUUCUCAGGUUCUUUAGCAACAGUUCCUGCCAAAAAUGCAUAUUCUAGGGAAGAUGUACAAACGAUACUCAAUUUAGCAAAGACCUACCACUUUGAGGUCAUUCCUCUUGUACAAACAUUUGGCCAUUUGGAAUUUGUGCUGAAGUUGAAAGAAUUCAGAGAACUUAGAGAAGUUGAUGAUUAUCCACAAGCAAUUUGCCCAUCAAGAAAUGAAUCCUUUACUUUGAUUGAGAAUAUAAUUGAUCAAGUAAUGGCCAUGCAUCCAAACAUUAGGUGGUUACAUGUUGGUUGUGAUGAAGUUUAUCAUCUUGGUUACUGCAGCAAGUGCAUGAGGCUUGAUCGGGAUAACUUGUUCUUAUCGCAUGUAGCACGAGUAGCUCGUUAUGUGAGAGAGAAACAUAAGGUAAUACCCAUCAUAUGGGAUGAUAUGUUGCGACAAAUGCCUACUGAAAAACUGAAAGAGUUUCAACUUGGACAAUUAGUUGAGCCUAUGGUUUGGACCUAUGUAAAAGAUGUGUAUCGUUUUGUGCCAUACAAUGUCUGGAUGUCGUAUAGUGAGGUAUUUCCUUUCGUUUGGGCUGCAAGUGCUUUUAAAGGUGCUUUUGGAGAAACCUUAACUGUCCCUAAUGUAAAAAUGCAUUUGGAAAAUAACGAAGCAUGGUUGGAAGUAAUGGCUGAGCAACACAAAAAGUUUGGAAAUUUUAGAGGUAUUGUCAUCACUGGCUGGCAACGUUAUGAUCAUCUGGCAACUCUGUGUGAACUUCUUCCAGCUGGAAUACCUUCUUUAAUUAUUGACUUGUUAACUUUGACACAAGGAUACUUCAGCCAGCAGCUUUUCACCAAAUUUCACCAUGUUCUACAAUGUACUGUUCAUCAGAGGGCACAGGUUGAUUUUGAGAUAGAUCCACACCUAUGGCAAAGAGCUUCAUCUUGCUUUUUCCCCGGUUCAGCCGUGUUUCGCCUGACACAGCAUCACAGUGAAGCUAUUAAACGUGUAGACGAUUAUUUGUAUGAUGUAACUAUUCAUAAAGCUUGGUUGACCGACUACAACGUCCGUCAUAAUAUCAGUAGCCCAAUGCGUGUUGAUGAAGGUUUAGCUGAUUAUUCUUCAGUGUAUUAUCCUCUUACUUCCCUAGUGAGAACAGCAAGAGAUGCUCUUCGAGAAGUAUAUGAUGAAUAUACUGUUGCAGAAUGGAUUGAACAAAAUAUUUUCCCUUAUAUACUAAAAAUGGAGAAGCUAUGGAAAGAGGCCACAGAUCUUAAGAAACCAAAAGUUUGGCCAAAAAGACCUUUGCCACCUUUAGCUCUGCUUAAGAAAUAUUCUGUUGGAUUGAUAAAUGAAGAUGACAGUGCUGCAUUACCUGCAGUUUAAAUGUCUGUGUUGACAUAUUUUUCUUUUAACUUUUAAUCUGCUGGUGGCAUACAUGUGUGUGGAGUUACAGAUGUAUAUGUUAAGGAUCUGAAAUAUGUUAAUAAUAAUGUUGACAAUUUCCCCCAAUCCUCCGAAAAAAAGGCUGUUUCUUGCAGAAGAAAUUAGAAAAACUUAAAUGAAGCCAACUGGAUAUAGAUGAAUUUGAACAUUGAAUUGCAGAUUUCUCAUUUGCAUCCAAGAAUUGUUAUAACAUGGUUUCUGUAUGUGUGACAGAAUGUGUUCAGGUUGAUGUCCAUUUUAAGAAAAAUGGUUGAGUGCUACCAGCAUCAUUUCGCAUUAAUAGUUCGAGUUUUAUCGAACUAGUUUACUUAAGACUGCAGAUGUUUUUGACUAGAUCAAGACCAAAAGUAAUUUUGGUCAUAGUUCCUCAAUCAGUUGAGAAACAUGCAAACUUUCUGACAUUUGAAGUUUAUAAGUCUUUAAAUAAUGAGACCUCAAUUCUACUGUGAUUGAUCUCAAAACAUUAUUUUAAAACUUAAAACAAGAUUAAAUUCACUUCAGACUUUUAGAAUGUCUAAAAACAGAUAUUCUAAUUUAAGCAAAAACUGUGUGUUAUAUACAGUACAGAAAACAACUUUGCUCAAGUUAUCAGUCGCUGCUGUUUGAUUAUUAAUGUCUAUUCAGAGAUAUGUUGUGAAAAAUUGCUUAUUUAAAAGCAGUAUGGUUUUCUGAGCAGAGAUAUAAUCAUUGAUGUGCAUUAUACAUUUGUCAGACAUGCAAGAAUAAUUUCUUUGCUGAUUAGAAAAAAUCUGAAUAUCAAAAUCUGAAAUAAUAUUUAAGAAAUUAGCUUUGUAUUGUAGAAUUUUUGAAAUUAUAAUUUUAACAAAUUAUUCGAUACUUAUUUUUAAGUAGCAUACGUUUCAAAAAUUGCAUAUACAAAGAAGUAAUUUUGUUCUUUGGCAUUUCACAGCUGUAUAAUUUGUAAGAUACACAUGAGUUAUCUGCUUUAUAUUCAUCCAUUCAGUAUACUUUGGCAAGUGUGAUACAAUAUCUACACAUUUUGACAUGUAGUCAUAUGACACAUACAAACUGUAUUCCUCUCUGUGCAUGAUUACACUACUGGCUGCAAAACACUAAAUUCUUGCAAAAUUGCUUAGCAGCUUUAAAAAAAUCAUCAAAAAUUUUGGUAGGUCAGAAUAGUUUGGAGCUAUGCUCCAAGUAUACUGGAAGAAAAUUCUGUUAAACAAAGUAUGAGUUUUAUUUUAUUCUUUUGCAGAUGCCUGCUGCAUAUACUCAUCCGAUAUGAAAGUAUAAUCUUUCAACAUUUCUUUGUACUGGAUGUAAAUAUGCAUUAGCUAACUACAAAAAUUAAUCAUAUAGAAAACUUAAUUGGAAUUCAUGUAUUCAUUUAAAUUUUUCAAUUAAAUUUACUCUGGAUAUUGCUGAACAUUGUAAACAUACUAAUUAAACUUCAUUAAUCAUGUUCUGUUGGAGAUACUCGUAACAGCAUUGUUGAAAAUUAAUCUUCAGUGAUUUUAGUACAAAUCCGUUUAUUAAAAAUUUGUACAUUUAAUGAUAUUUGUGUAUUGUUUUUGUGUGUGUGUAAUGAAGUAGGACUUUUUGCUCUCUUUGAAGACAGGCAAUAUUUAUGAGACUUGUUUGAAUCAAUUUGAAGUACUCUAUUGUGAAUUUUCUUUACCAUACUAGAUCUUGAAAAAUCUUGCCAGUUUUCAAAUUUUAGUUAGUUUGUUAAAUUUCGUUUUCUAUUAGCAAAAACUAAUGUGUUAAUUUUAAACCAAAUGAAAAUAUUUGUCUCUCAAGUUUUUGGCCUCAUUUAUUAAGCACUUUACAAAUACAGGAAUUCCUUAGCUUUUCAUUAAUUAAUCAAUAACCAAUCAAAAAGUAUAUUUUUAUAAUUGAUUAUGAUAGAUGCCUUUAGCUGUUUAUCUAGUCAAUGUGAAUAAACAGCAGAUUGAUUAUCCAAGAUUGAAAAAUGUAUUCGUGUUGAUAAAAAUAAGGUAAUUUGUUUUUGAGAAUGUUAUAAUUGUUUUGUAUAUGUUUUACUAACCAAAGAAUUUCUGUAGUGUGCAUUUUUCUGUCCAAUAAGCUGAAUAUAUGUAAUGUUUAAAUAACUGAUUUCGAUUUAAUAAAUCUCUUUAGAAUUAAGUAUGCAUAGAAUUAAAUGUAGUUUGAAACCAAUAUUAAAAAAUCAAGAGAUGUAACGUGCUUUUUGAAA